AUGUUACGGUUGCCAAGUCAAAGCCCUGCAGUAACUGCAAAGCAUGACAUGACACUUUGUGCAAGAUGCUAUGUGCGGGGUAAUUAUAGAGAUUCUUCAGAGUUUAAGAGGGUCGAGAUCAGUGAAGAGGCAAAGACAGACUGGACAGAUAAAGAGACUUUGCAACUUUUAGAAGCUAUUAUGCACUAUGGUGAUGACUGGAAGAAAGUCGCGGAGCAUGUUGCUGGUAGAAGUGAGAGGGAAUGUGUAACUCACUUUGUAAAUUUGCCAUUUGGCGAACAGUUUGAUGGGCCUCCCGAAUCUGCCGGAUACUGCCUUAAGUUCACAAAAUCUUUCAAGACCAACAAAAAGGACGUGUCUCACACCCCUAUCUGA